AUGGGAUGCGCACAAUCCAGCCAACUCGGACCCGUGACUUCUCCAGCUCCAGCUGCAAAACAAAAUGCUCCAGCGCCAGUAACUAAUGGUGUGAAUAAUGUCAGACCAGUUACCGCUCAUCCCAAAAAUGCGGAGAAUGGAGGUGUUGUUGCCACUACUAUGGAUGAAUUGAACGUAGAGUACACCACUAUGCGAUUACUGCUUUUAGGAGCAGCUGAAUCAGGGAAGACCACAUUACUCGAACAGAUUCGACUCUUAUAUAAACAGAAUUACUCUGAAGCAGAAUUUAUUCAUCGCAAAGCGUUUAUAUAUAAUAAUAUACUCAUAUCUAUACGUAAAUUGAUCGAGCAUAUGCAGAACACCGGUACAGCCUACGACGAUCCGAAUAAUGCCCGUUACGCUGGAAGAAUCAUGGGAGAAGAAGAUACGCAGUUUUCAUGUUUCACAGCUGAUAUGGCAGAUGCAAUUCAGCAUGUGUGGAAAGACGGCGCCGUCCAAAAACUUUAUUUGAGGAGAAGCGAAAUCAAUCUGAAUGACAGCACAAAGUAG